AUGUCCCGUACCAUCAGCUAUCCUGAUGGGAUUACUGAUCUUCGGUUAAAUCUAAGUACCCUACUGACCCUGUCUCCCUCUAGUAUGAUGUGGGCCGCCAUAACUGCCAUGUCGAGUCGUAUAUACAUGAACAUGGUCAAAUUAGCCCGCCAAAAUGCUCACCAGCAAUCAGACAACUCUAGUAGUGACAGUUUACCCUUCCCUAGGAAGGGUCCGUUUCCUAGAGUCAUCGGACGCCCACUGCCCGCCACCAUCGCCAAUCCUAGCCGCAACCAUCGUCACACCAACUCCAAUUCCAUCAGCAGUCGGUCAAAGACACCGAAGCGGGCAGAAGCGUUGAUGCAAAUACCGGAGGAACCGCCGCG